AUGGGGAUAUUAGAGAAGUUUCUUUCGAUUCUUUCCAAAAGAAGCAAAGAUGACAACUCUAUAUCAUCCCAAAUAACAAAUUCCGUGGCAGGAAUGCUUGUAAAAGCGUUCAUUUGCGAUGAAGAUCUACUCGGAAGAUUUGGAAUACCAUUUAAAGUAGAGCACAGUAUGAUUUCGGAUAUAAAGUUUAUAAACAGCGGACAAAAUGGAAACGAAAAGCCAAAAAUUUCAAUUGAAAAUGUUAAUUUAUCAAUAUUCGCUGAUUAUUUUCAAGAUAAUACUACAAAAGAACAGUUCGAUAUGCCAGAUUACGAUCUAGUUAUUAACAAUUUAUCAAUCUCGGUUAUUUCAAACGAAAAUAAAAAAAUAAUUGAAUUAGUAGGCAACAAUGUUCAAUUUUUCUAUCGUAUUGGAACAACCACUCUCAUACAAUUCGAAAGAUUCCAUUUAUUCAAUGAUUCUCGUUCAAUAAUCAACCUUGAAAAUCUGAAUUUCGAAAUGGAUUCAGAAUUUACUUUCGUCAUUAAGCUAAAUGAAGCAAAGAUGGCUUUAGAACACCUCCAAGCUAUACUUCUCCAUUCAACUUUCAAAGAUUUCUUCAAACAUCACAGUAUCACGUUUAACAUCAAUCAACUGGAAGCGGACAUAGAUUAUUCAUCAAGCGUUAUAUUCAAAGACUUCAUUUUCAAGUAUACAGAUAAAAUAGAAUUCAGUUCAUCAGAAAUUUCAAUAAAUAUUUCAUCUUACAUGUUUACAAUCGAAAAUACUGUAUUAAAAGGCGAUAUUCUUACAUUACAGAACUUCAUUUCCAAUUCAAAACAGCUAAUUAUUACAAAAUUAACCGAAAUUCCUUUUUGUCAAGUUUCAAUUGGGGAAUCGUUCAAAGUAAAGAUACCUUCACUCAAAAUUGAGUCCACAAUCAAGUACGUUCAUGAUUUCAAGAAAACAAUUACGAAUAAUUCGAUAAUUUCGUUGUUGAAUCAGAUUCAUUUCAUCAUUGAGAAGUUUAAUGUCGAGUUUCUGAUCAAUGAUAAAGAAGACAUCUUCCAUUUGAAUGGAAACGUCACUGCAAAUUUAGAUACGAAAAAUUUCGAAUUAAACAUCGAUGAUUUUGUGCUCAGAUGCAACAAUGGAUAUCCUAUAGUAUCAGGAAUCUAUUUCCAUAUAAACCAAAAAGAAAAUUCAAGAUUAAAUAUACAAAUCCCUAAAACAGAAGUAUUUCUGAUAUAUCAGGAGGUCGAUGGGUUCCUAAGGAUACUAAAUGGAGCUCGCGAGCUAAUAGAUUUCUCUGCUUUGGACAUUCCACCGAAAAUCAGUUUUAAUAACCUUUAUUUCUACUUGUGCUUUGAAAUUCUUAAGAACGAACGAAAGCCAGCCAUCAAUGUCUCCUUUAAAUUCCAUAAAAUUGAGUUUUCCAAGCUAAAUCAUAUGAAAGUUCGUUUGGUCUUCGAAUUUCAGUCCGCUUUCUACAAUAUUGCCACUUCCAAAGAGAAUAUCAUCCUUUCUCCGACGAAAAUCGAGUCUUCUUUCUCAUUAGAUCAAAAAACUAAAGAUUUAGUGAUAGAUUUCGGAAAAUUGAACUUCUAUUUGAGCUUGUCUGGCCUUAGACUCCUCAAUAAGUGCAUUACUCAGCCUGUUCUCCAUCAAAAUCCCUCAUGUUUAGUUAUAAAUGACACUGUUGAGCCUAUUUUCAUCUCCGGUACUGACGGACAGCGAAUACUAAUUGAAUCACAGAAGAAAGUUCAGUUCAGUUCGACCAAAAUGACACUUUACAAAGAUGAAAAAGAAUUAACUUACACUUUGUCCGAAAUCUCGUUCCCUAUGUUCGUUUGGCCGAACUGUAUCAUGUCAGUGAGUUCCGAAAACUGCGUAAAGAUCAUCCAUUUCGUUUCUUUGUUCAUUAUCGAAAAUAGUUUAUGUACAAGAAUCUUUUUACAUAGCAAGAACUACCUCAACAGGCAGUUAAUAACCUUCAUUGACCCCGGCUGCAGGGUUCCGAUCUCUUAUUUGGACAAAACAGCAAGUUUUUACUUUUCUGGUGAUGAAAAAGUGGCUUCUAGGGCACAUUCCUUCAAUAUCUUGGAUCGCCAAGACUUAAUUUACGCUCUCCCUACAAAAAAUGGCGAAAUGCAGGUUAUGAUCAAAACAUUCCAGGAUAAUUUGACAAAAUCAAUGAUAAUACAUGUCAGAUCCAGGUUGCAGUUGGUAAAUAACGUGCCAAAUGACCUUUUAUUCGUUGCUUUUAAUGAUAUAUACCAAACAACUAAAGUUCUGAAGCCAGGAGAAUCCGAAUUCAUAUCGAUUUCGACUUCUUCAGCUCUGGAAGCCAUAUAUUUGAUACUCAGCGACGUUAUUGAUGGCCACAGAUCAAGACAAACACGAAUUAGCCUCACAACAUCAGAACCACAAGAAGUUUUGAUAGACAACAACAGGUUUUACGUACAAUACAAUGAGGAAAAGCUAGUUCUCAGUGUUUUCUGCUCAAUUUACGUGAAGAAUAAGACAUUACUUCCAAUUACAAUGAAAGGAAACAACGGAAACAUCCUUGUACCUCUUAAAUCCGAUCUAAUGAUCCCGAGCGAUAGAUACAUGCUCCCUCAUUCAAGUUUCAUAAUCAGAUUGAAUGAUUCACCAGUAAAAGUGACAACGACGGUUGAAGUUGAUGUAAACUACACAAUUCAGGUGACAACAUAUACCAAGAACAAUACUAAGUUCGUUGAAUUCCAGGACUUAUUUAUUAUCAGUAAUAAGCUGAAAAUUGGAUUUUCAAUAAUUGCGAUGACCGAACAAAGAGUUUCUCCUGACGAAACUACACCAUUGAGAAUAUUUGGAGAUAGGACAAAUGGUUUCUCGCUCAAAGUUGGCGAAUACUACAGCGCAAACGUAUUUUGUCUUACAUCUCCUUGUGCAACUACAUUACAGCUAAUGUAUAAUGAUAACAGGAUGUUGGUUGACUUAACAAUCGUCGAAAAUGAAGGAACGAUGAUUGCUACGAUAUCAAAUCCAAGAUCUCGGCCGAGAUUUGCAAUUGUCAACGACACUGAGUUUGAUUUAUUCGCUCAGCAACUUGAAGAAGUCAUGCCACUACUUAUUGAGCCUCAUUCCAGCUCAAUUUAUGGAUUUGAUACUCCAAGUACUUCAACUGAAGUUAUUUUAACAAUUGAAGGUAUUUCUAACUCUGUAGAUUUCAGUAGCACUCAAUUCUCCUCAUUUUUCUCACGAAAAAUUGCGAAUACAAGAAUUUAUGUGAGUGUUUACACGACAGAAUGCGGUGUAAGGAUUAUGUACGUCGGCGGACAGUAUGUACAGCCAGAAUUAGAUGUUUCAAUCAGAAUUAUCGUUCCAAACAUCACAUUAAAUUUAGUCAACGAAGAUUUAGUUUCUUUCAUCGGAUUCAGUCUUUCAGACAUCAACUGCAGCUUGGCGAGAUCUCAUCUCUCAAUUCUGUCUACACUCAAUAUCGCAAAACUCCAGAUAGAUGACCAUAUAAAUGAUAAAACAGUGUUGGUAACUAAUGGACACUAUUUUAUUAAUUUUGCCGGCCAAUUUGCCACUUUUCCACCUUCAAUUGAAAAUAUGACAGAAUUUUCGUUAGCACUAGGAAAGAUAUAUUUCGGACUAGAAGAGAAAUAUAUGUUCAGUGCUUUCGAAUAUUUCAAAGUUUUGUAUGAUAUUCUUCCGAAAUUGCCAAAGGAAAGGAGAUUGUAUAUCAUGUCAUCGAGCAUUUCGCCUACAGAAAUCGAAGGAAGGAUCGAGAAAGCUCCAGAAGAGUCAACUCGGCAAAUUGUUUAUCUUCAUAACUCAUUGCCUGUAUCUUUGAAGGGAUUCCUACCUGGAAUAAGCGUUAAGACAUUUUGCGGAUCAUUCGAGACGUUCAUAUCUAUCCUUUAUAACAUGACUGUCAACUUUUAUGAUAAUAUGAACAGAUCUCUCCAAAAUCCGCCACAAUCCCAAGCUAAAUAUGAAAUGAGCAUCCCAUACGCCGAUGUCAAUGGCUUCGAAGAGCUCAAAGGCUUCAUAGAACAGCCAUUUGACCCAUUAGUUGGCAAUUACUUGAUGUUUAACGGAUUCCCACAGAACAAGCAGGUUGUUGUGAAGACAAUAUCCACGUUUUCGCAGGUAAAAGUCGGCCAAUUAUAUGAUAAUUCGAUCCAAGAAUUUCCAAGUAUUCUUUCCGAGACUCCUACAAUAACUAAACAGUUAUCCUUCCCAAUGGGAACAAUUAAGCUCAUGGCUCCUGAAGAAAGACUGAUGUCUCGAAGCGAAAUCCCUGCAACAAAGAAAAGAGGACAACUUAGAGCUGCUUUUAACUUCAGAAAUGGAGUUUUGGCUGUGUACAAGAAGUGCGUUGUUACGAGGAUUGACGAGAAAGAAAUCGAAUACGCGAAGUCAUCGAUAAGAAACAUCACGAGAGAUGGAGUUUUCCUGAAAAUGGAAGGAUUGAAACCAAAGGAUCCAACGUUUUCUAUCGAGUUUUGUUGUGUUGAUGAUGUUGAAGUUCCUUUCAACAUCUUAAGAUCUAUAUCUUUAGAGUAUGAAUCAAACUAUUUUAUUGUUUAA